GCAUAACUCUAGCAAAUCAUCACGUGGACACCCAAUCAAACCCCUGUCCCACCUCUCGACGUCACCUCAACCUUUUGACAAUAAACCUCCUGGCCUCCUUGAGUCCCGACCUCCCACCACUCCCGACCCACCCCUCAUUCCCCAGGCCAUCAGAUGUAACCCCUCCCUACAAUGGCCCUCCGCCCCUUCCCCCUCCCCAUCCGCAUCGGUACUGACAUCUGCCACAUCCCCCGCAUUGCCUACCUCCUCACUCCUCACUCCUCCCCUUCCUCCCUCCGCUCCCACCGCCUCACCCGCUUCGUCACCCGCCUCCUCCACCCCAUCGAAGCCGCGCAUUUCUGGAACCGAUACCGCCGCGCUGUCGAGGAGGUGCCGGACCCGGGAGACAGGGACGCUGGCGCGAGGGCGUGGACGUCGCGGUUUUUAGCCGGGAGAUGGGCCGCGAAAGAAGCCGCGAUCAAAGCUCUCGGCUACCGGCCGCCGCACGCGUUUCAUCAGAUCGUACUGUAUUCGGCGCCGACGGCAGCCGAUGGGACGUCGGUGGCGCCGCGGCUGAUCGUGCUGGAUGAGGUGAAUUUCACGCGAAAGGGGAACGCGGGGUGGGAGGAUCGGAAGGAUGCGCUGGGGGGGAUGGAGGGCCAGGAAGGGUUGGUGUCGAUUAGUCAUGAUGGGGAGUAUGCGACGGCGGUGGUGGUGAUGCCGGUGGUGGUGGAGGGGGCGGGAUGAGAUGGAGAGCGGAAGGACGGGGUAUGGAAACUGUCUAUCGGUUGGUUUAGAGCCUCUGACGAUGGAUCGACGUGGUGGGAGGAGAGAAAGUGCUGUAGGCUGGGGAAUAUUAUCGCUGGGUUCGAAA